AUGGGAAGCUCUAGAGUUGAGGAAAGUUAUGACAGAAUGAGUGAAUUUAAAGCGUUAGAUGAUACUAAGGCUGGUGUCAAAGGUCUGGUUGAUUCUGGAAUCACUAAAGUACCUCAAAUAUUCAUUCUACCCCAAAAAAACAGGGCGAAAACAUGUGAAACACACUUUGUUUUUCCAGUGAUAGAUCUUCAAGGCAUCGAUGAGGAUCCGAUUAAGCAUAAAGAGAUUGUGGACAAAGUUCGAGAUGCAUCAGAGAAAUGGGGUUUUUUCCAAGUGAUUAAUCAUGGAAUUCCAAAAUCCGUCCUGGACAAAACGUUGCAAGGAACACGACAGUUUUUCGAGCAAGAUACUGAGGUUAAGAAACAGUAUUACACUCGAGAUACGGAGAGAAAGGUGUUUUAUAGCAAUCUUGAUUUGUAUAAACCUUCUGUUCCAGCUGCAAGUUGGAGAGAAAUUUUCUGUUUUGUGGCACCGAAUCCUCCCAGUCCACAAGAAUUUCCAACUCCAUGCGGGGAAGUACUGAUGGACUACUCCAAGGAUGUGACGAAAUUGGGAUUCACGUUACUUGAAUUAUUGUCUGAAGGUCUCGGUCUCAAUCGCAGUUAUCUCAAAGAUCAUAUGGAUUGUUGUCAUCUUAGUUAUUCAUGCAAUUACUAUUCACCAUGUCCUCAGCCAGAACUUACCAUGGGCACCAUUCAACAUACCGAUAUUGGUUUUGUAACGGUCCUUGUACAAGAUGAUAUCGGAGGACUCCAAGUUCUUCACCAGAAUCAAUGGGUUGAUGUUCCUCCUACACCUGGCUCUCUAGUGGUGAAUAUUGGAGAUUUUCUGCAGGUUAGUACUGUUGUCAAAUACAUAAGUGUUGAGCACAGAGCAAUUUCAAACAAAGUUGGAUCAAGAUUGUCAGUUGCAAGCUUCUUCGGUGAAAGUCCAUGGCAAUCUUCCAAGCUUUAUGGACCGAUUACUGAACUGUUAUCAGAAGAAAAUCCUCCAAAAUAUCGCUCAACCACAGUGAAAGACCACACUAGUUACCUCCAUAAUAGAGGCGUAGAUGGAACUUCUGCAUUGUCGCGAUACAAGAUCUAA